AUGUCAGCAGAAGGUUCUUCGCUGCCAGACUUGGCCGAUACAAGUUCUCUGCCUAUCGGUAGCUUCGCAGUCCGCUCCCAGUUCUCUGUGAUUUCCUAUGCCAGCACGCCCAAAAGGAUUGUGGCCAUCUAUGACCCUGAAGCGGAGGACGCGGAUGCAGUUAUUGAAAAGACCGAGAGGGAGAUGCUUUUCCAAGGACAUGGGAAUGGGACAGGGACCAACAUAGGCGCUGCCCUACAGGAGGUCUACAACAUGAUCCUGUUCCAGGAGAAGGAGAACCCAGACACGUGGAAGAAAGUCCGGCACGCCAUCAUUGUGCUGACAGACGGCCAGAACAACAUGGGACCCCCCCCCAAGCAUCUGGUGGCCAAAAUAGAAGACGUUCUGGAGAUCAAGCCAGACAGGAACGAUUACCUGGAUAUCUACGCCUUCGGGGUCGGGACGCUGAACGUGGACUGGGACGGUCUGAACGCCAUCGCGUCCAAGAAGGAAGGGGAGCGUCAUGCCUUCAAGCUGGACUCCAGCCAGGACCUCAAGGCUGCCUUUGACGACAUCCUGGACCUCAGGAACAUCGGCGACACAUGCGGGCUGGGAAACAACUCGCUGAGCGCCACGGCCCAGCAGCGCGCCCCCUGGCACGUGGUCAUCAAGGCGAUGAAGGUGGAUUCCUGCCGGGGGUCCCUGAUUUCCGACAGCUGGGUCCUGACGGCCGCGCACUGCUUCAACAAGUGGCAGGACACGUCCCACUGGAGAGUCCGAGUGGGUAGGGAGGACAUUCCCAUCCAGCGCUGGCUCCUGCACCCGGCGUACAACGUCUCGGCCAAGGCCGCCGAGGGCAUCCCCGAGUUCUACGACUACGACUGGGGCCUGGGUGCGCU